GGCACAUGCUGAGGCGGCUGAGGCUGAGGGGGGCUGUGGGACUCCCGGAGGCAGGGGAAGUGCCGUGAUUUGGGGUUUUGUCACGUAAUUUUGAGGGGAAAGUUAGGAGGGGUCGUUGUUCGGUGGUAGUAUUUGGUAAUUUGUGUAUGGGUGUGCUCUGGUGGUGUUACAACGAGACCUGAUUUCACACGUGUGGUUGCUCCGAAGGUUGCCUGUGUAAAGAAAAAGGUGAGAAACUGAUAGGAAGAGACGAGCUGAUGAUUUGGAUAGCUUGCAGUGAAGUGAGCUGUGUGGAUUACUUCUGAGGAGGGAGGGCUUCAGUAUCCGUACCAUGGAAUUACAAAAGAGUAGCGAUGUUAAAAGCAAAACACAGGGCUUCAUUCAGACCUCUCACCUCUUUUCUUACUCUGAGAAAGUUCAGCAAACUCUGAUCGAAGACCUUGCAGUGGGAGCUAACCUCUCUGGUUUUGGCCAGGCACAUUGUUCCAAUGUUUCAGACUUAGAGUUGCAAGAGGAAAACUUACCUUACUUAAGUUCAUCUUUAGAUGCGGAUAUUGAACUGUACAAUAAGAAGAGAAUACGAGUUUGCUGUGCGCAGAUAGAAGAAAGCAAGAAAGAAUCUGGUACGUUGGAAAGGGUGUGCAGCGAUCUGCAUUCCAAUUGCGGCGUGUGUGAUGACUGCAGACAGAUCCAUGUAGGUGACGAAGAUUCACAGCUGGAGUAUGUCAGUGCUAACGAGCAGGAACCGGAUGGUAGGGACAGCUCAGGUGAGCUUUCGGAGCAGUGGGAAACUGUAGGGAUCAAACCCCUAAAGCUGAUGGAUCCAGCUCAUCAGGUUCCAGGUGGUGGAGCUGCAAAGGAGCAAAGUCCUGUUGAUGUGGUGGAACUUUGUUCUGCCCCUCAGUACUGCAUAGGUGACCAGGUCCACACGGAAGAAGCUGUGCCAGAGCUUCCCCAGCUGCUUCAGGACUCUCUGCAGGUUUGCAGCAGCACGUCUUGUGAUCAUAAGGAAGAGCAUAGAGUGUGUAACGGUGUUCUGUAUGGAAAUAUACUUGAAAGUCAUGCUUGUGGGAGUAAGGAGAGGGUUUAUUCAAAUCUGCUCAUACAUGAUGGUUUAGAAAACGGAGAGGUGAAAGAUGCUCCCCUGGCUGAUGGCACACAGUCACCCCAGGUGGCCCCAGACAAAGAGGUUUCUGAGCAGAAUGACAGGCACGUUCACAGCAUGGCAGUAAAGCAAGAAAACCCUUUGCUGUCACCAAGACUUGCCUCUGCAAGAGCCACUCAAUUGUGCAAAAGCGCAAGGGACUGCAAUUUUUACUCUUGUGAGGAACCUCUUGCAUGUGCAAUUGUCAGCAGCGAGAGUUGCUUGUUUGGGGUGGAAGAUGCAGGUCUAUCUGGUGGAAAUGCCACCUCUCUCAGCCUGGAACCGGAGUGCUGUGAAAACCUGAUAAACCUCACCAGCAACUCCAAAGUUAACCAGGCUGUCGAUGCAAGCUCAGAUUUUAGAGCUUGCUUUACGACCAGCAGGAGUACCAGCGCCCGCGUCCAUCUCGUGUCCAGGGCUGUCAAUACAGAGAUAACAAUGAUGAACAAAUCCCGGCCUGCGGGGUGGCGCCAUGAAACCUGCACAGACGCUGCGUGCAACACGGACAGGCCCUGUGGAGCUGGUAUUGUGGAAGACAUUGGCUCACAGCUUACUGACACGCUGGAAAAGCACCCAGAUGGCAAUACUGCAGCGGCUGAGAGAAGUUCACAAAUGAAGGAGCAGUGGGAAUCCAAAGCUGAGUUGCAUAGCGGGGAUCUGAAGCUAAGCACUGACAGGCCAGUACACCUCGACAAACAAACUGUGAAGAGUUCUGUGUCAAGCUAUUGUCAAAAUCUACUGCAGAGAGCUGUUGAAGCAGAAUUGCAGAUUCUAACCACUCAUUAUCAGAUGUGCUAUCAGCACUGCUUGAAGGUUUACAAGCUGGCUUUGGAGGAAAACACGUGCUUCAGCAGCAGAUACCAUGGAAAUGGUUAUGCAAAGACUGAAUUAGGUUCACCUCUCUUGUUGGUUUUGGAAGAGCUAAAAAAGAACUACAACAGCAUGAGAGUGAAAAUAAAAAUGGGCAUACCUUUAAAUGCACUUCCACCACUCUCAGUUGAGAUAAACUUGUUCCCAAUCUCUUCUUCUUAUGUCCCAUGCAAGUUGCUCAGAGAGGACCUGUGCUAUGAUUCUGUUUCAGGCAUGAGGAAAGCAGACUUUGAAGCUCUAAGACUGCAAGAAACCAAAACUGUCAACGUGGAGAAUCCACAGACCGUGUGUUUAACUGGUGGCAGUCAGCCUAGUGGCUCUUCUUCCUCCAAGAGAUGGCAAGGACAGCGUAAAAAUCAGGAUGUGCAACAUGGCUAUGUAAAAAACGAAGACGGGAAUGAAUAUUGGUUUGAUGCUAAAGAGGAAUUGUCAGUAGCAGAAUUUUCAGUAAUAUCUGAAGAAAUGGAAAAGCAACAAGAAAAAGAAGACACAGUUGAUUUAAGAGAAGCAAAGAUAAUGGAAAGUGCGAACGAGUGCUCCUUUGUUCGUGUUGGUGGCCUAAGUUCUUCAGUGUCAGAGGAUGACUUAAGAUCACAUUUCUGGGAAUACCAGAUCUCUGACAUUCUUAUCUGUGUGGAUUCUGGUAAACACAGAUGUGCAUUUCUGGGCUUUAAAGAUGCUAAUGAAGCAAAGUUAGCAGUAGAGGAAAUGAGCAAGAAACAAAUAAAAGGAAAAGCAAUAAGUGUUGAGCUUGUAAAUGAUUCAUCGGAGAACAAAUAUUCUGUUUCCCAAAUACUUAAAAAGAAGCUGUGGCGUGAAAUCCACUCUGUCAACAGCAGUCAGAGAAACGAUCAGGAUAAAAUGCUCACUUCAGCCUCUAAUUCAGUGGAAGCUCCUGAUACCACCUCUGCUUCUGAGAAGGCACUCCUCCUUCCCACAGCUGCUUUAAAAAUUCCUUGCUCUACCCAAGUACCUUUGGAAACAAAGUGUCCUGGUCCAAAAUCUUCUGUUGAAGAGUUGGACACUGGAGACAAUUCCCUGCAAAAAGCAUCUGUUCCUUUCUCCACUAAUUCAUUUGGUGCCAUUAUUUCUCCUAAUACCUUGAACUUGAGCAGCUUUACCAAAUUAAUGAAGAAACUUCAAGAAAUUCAUCCAGAGGCUAGUAGAGACAAAAUUGUGGAUGCUCUGCUGGAGGUGAGAAAGAACAAUAAAGGUAUCCUAAGUGGCUUGUCCAUCAAUUCUAUUAUGGAAAGGACCUCGGUAAUCCUAAGGAAGUCAACGCCCAGCUGUAGCGGGGGGGAAAGCAAUGUAAAUAAAUGAUUUUCUGAUUGUGAAGAACUGAACGCUUCACUUGGAAGAUUUUUGCAGUUCAGCUUGUUCUGGCAUCAUUCUGCAUUUCUCGUUUGUUUUAUUUCAGUAGAUCUUAAUGAAAACUUAUGUAGAAUCACUGCAUGAUUUGCAGUCUUGUUCGAGGGAACGUACACUGGAGGUCAGUUGGUUGUUUUUCUCUAUAGGCAGAAAUUAAAUGAUUCUUCCCAGU